AUGUCGUAUCUCUUGUAUAGCGCCAGUUUUUUUGUCCUUGUCAUCGGCACCGCUCUCUACUUGACCAGAUCGCGAUGGCUUCCGCAUGUCCCCGUGCCCGACUACGUCUACGACCGACUCCCCGAUAGCUUUACAGGCGACAUCGAAGCCGGCUUCACCUCCUCGGACUUUGAUCUCGCCAGCAACGUGGUUGAGGGCGACUCCAGGUCCGGUCUGGACAAGAAAGCGAAACGGGAAAUACGAAGAAUCAUGAGGAAGCGUGGGGUGAAUUUCGAUGAGGCUCGCCGACUAUAUACAGAGCAACGCUUCGCAAAUAAUAAUAUUGGGCCGGACGGCCGACCAAGAGACCCCAAAUUUGUUUCCUUCUCAUGA